AUGGAUUCCAGCCCUGGCCCUCACCACAGCCACAGCCAGCCGUUCCAUCUACAAACAUCAGAUGGUGACUAUGACACAGCUACUACACCCCCACAGAGCAUAGAGCUUCCAGAGUCAAGCUCCCACAGUGUUAGCUCUGAGGUUUCUACACCUGGAUACGAAUACCAGUCCUCUCCAAAUGCCCCAGCAAAGCGCUCGAAUGAAUCGGCCCCUCCAUUUCCAAAACGCCCACGGGUAGAAGACGCAGGCCCAUGCUCAGACCCCGUAUUGCCAGCGUCACCCACACCAUCAGAGCCAGCAACAGCGCCAGAUUCAGAUGUUGAGAGAUCCUCAAGGAAUAGAUUUAGCCCCCAAAACAAACCCUACAGAUCACGAUCACUACCCCCUACUCUUCGCCGCAAACGACGACCAGUGGAGAACAUGCACCAGCAUAUUCCUCCAGUCACUUUGAGCACAUUGAGAGAGCUGGACCUGCACGAAAUCUACCGCAACCCCAAGCUUCGUCACGAUGUGGUCUUUGAUUCACAGCUUCAUUUCAGACCUAACCUUGAUGGAACCCGGGGGAAGAGAAAGAAGGAGAUGGCGGAUAUGUACUGGCAAAUGGUACUGCACGAGUGCGAGGUAUUGCUUGGACCUUCCAGGUGGAAGCGAAACAGCUCUCUGGCACCCGUACCGAUGAAACUGCCAAUUCUCUUCCAGACAAUGCGUGAUAUUCUCCUUACUUUGGUUCCUAAGACCGACCGGAUGGACGUCGACUCUAUUCUCGACGCACCAUUGCUCAUGCAGCAGCUCAAGCACAAUGUUCUGGACUUCAAAGGACUUGCGUUGUGGUUGUCGGGCGUUUUGAAGGCUCACUGCGCGCCAAUGAGGGAUCAGUGGGUAGAGCAGAUGGUUGCGAAGGUGACAUACGGGGUGGACAAUGGAAAGGUCUCAGCUUUAGUUGAAGGACUGCAGAUGGUUUUCGGGAUUUUGGAGGCAAUGAAACUGGAUGUUGCAAACCACCAAAUCCGAACACUCAGACCCCACCUCAUUUCCACGGCGAUCAGCUUCGAGCAGGGAUACUUCCAAGAGAGGAUAGAGCAGGGUCGCUUGGACAUGAGGGAACCAAGGGAGUGGUACAACAAGUCUGUUUCGGCGUGCAAAACCGAAAACACCGACAAUCUCACCACCUUCACUAGCGCCGUUGUAGACAUGGUCACGCCCUCACACUACGCCAAGUACCCUGCCACAUUCGUGUUCGACUACGAGCGACUCGAGAGCCUUCGCGAUGACAUCCGCGAAGCUACUUGUCUCAAGCUAGCAAUUCUGUUCUUCCGCCAACUCACUCUCUCGUCACGACGCGACGUCAACUCUGCCACUACAGACAAGCUGAGGACCUCUAUUUUGGCGAUCUUGGGAGAGGAGGAUGGUGUUCACCGAUGGCUGCGACACAGCAACGCCGUGGCUCUGCACAUCACGCAAGCCGCUAACGAGUUCAAUGGCUCCACCGGCAUUGCCGAUGCAUCUUUGGUGAAGAUGGCCGAGAACUGGUUUGCUAAGCACUUGCAGACUAACUCACCCAUUUACACCCGCGUUGAGAAGGGCAUCACUGAAGAAUUGACCGGGAUGGUACUGAGAGUAAUGAAGGGAUGGCAUUCGCUGUCCACAUUCUCAAUCAUGUCAACUGUUGACGUGACAGGAUCAUCUAUGGAGUUGGCCUCAAUAGCUCAGAGGGCCUCACACAUCACCUUCAUGCACUGGCAGAUCUUUGGAAAGAUGUAUUUGGCAGCUUGA